AUGGAUCUGAGGACCUAUGUGAUCCUGAGUGUAAAUGUCAGGGUACAAGCAAAAAUUCCAGGUAGUCUUGCAGACAUUCAAGGCACAGACCUGACUAUGGAGUUUGAAGACUGGAAUGUUCUCUCAUUUCUGCAUAGCGAUACCAAACCAUGUCUGAGCUCUGGCUCAACAUGCUUGGAGAUUGAUCCCAACUUCACCUUCCUGUGUGGGUUGGGAUUGCUCCUUCUGUUUCUGUGCUACCUGGUAGGGAUUCAAUUUCCAACUUGGAAAACCAAACCCACAAAAAGGACUUCUGACUGGGAAUACCAAGUGUGGACCUCCCAGAGAAAGUCGUCCCCUGAGUUUUUCAAAGAACGUCAGGGCAGAGCCAAGAGGAGGAGGAAAGGAGGGACACUGGAAGAUGGCAGAUGGUACCAACGGGAAGUGGAGGAGACCCGGAAGCUGAUCUCCAUUUUAAGAAGCUCCCUCUGCCGGCAUCAUGAUACCAUCCACUUUCACCAACUGUUAAGUCCAGACCUUUCCUGUGAGUUAUGUAAUAGCACAACUGCUGAUAUCAAUCGGCUGCUGUUCCUGCAGGCUCUGGAAGAUUCUACUUCCUUGGCUUCCACAGCUUCUGUGACUUCUUCAUCGUUCACUCUCUCCACUGACUUCUCAGCAGUCCCUCCAGGAGAGCUAAUACCAGCUUCGUUGCCUGAGCCUUCCCCAGCACCUGCCUCCAUCUUUUCACCUAACCCAGUGAGCCCUGUGGCUGAUUUCUUUCCACCCUCACUACUGGGUGAUUCGUUGCCACCAGAACCCUUUCCUCCCUUGGAUUCCAAAUUCCCAAUGGACCAUUUCCCAGCCCAGCCCCCUGCCUUUCCACCUCCUGUCCUACCACAUCAUGCCCAUUUAGUAGACCAGAGUGUCCAAACAGAGACAGUGUCUCUAAAUACCAUCUUCUCUCUGGACCCUAUCUUUUCCUAAGAUGUCAGUCCCUUACUGGAGUUGUCCAAGAGGGUGAAUCCCACUGAGCCCUUUGCUCAUCAUCACUAAUGACCAACCUGGUCAGCUUCACCACCACCAGACUGCAAUUUAACUGUGACUCCAUCUAAACUGAUUUCCAUCUCAAGGAAGCCUGUUCCAGAGAGCUCAGCCCCAGAGAGCUUCUGUGGGUUGUGUACUUAUGUCCCAACAAUCACAGGCAUUGACCCCUCCAGCUUGUCAAUUUUAGACCUCCCUUGGUGGCAAACUCGUGCCAAAGACUUCUUCCCUUCAACCCUGGCUCCAUGUGAUUUCCAUCAAGAGUUUCUGGCCCUCCAUUCUUCAGAGGCUUCUUCCAGGGGAGACCCUGCAGCCAACCUUGUAGAGCUUGGUAACUUCUCACUACUCAGCCCUGAUGCCCUGGCACUUGGAGAGAAACAAGUCCUAAAGAGGUGUGACUUCCUCAGGUGGAAGGAAACAAAGGGUUCCUUUCCAAAACAAACAAGUGCUGAUAAGCAUGAUUUGGCAUCCUCCCUUCCUUUCUGGAGCAGCAAAGACCAAUCAAAGGAGCUGCAUAUGCAUCAGCAGCGCCCAUAUCCUACAACCUUGGAGGAGGGCCAUUUACAGCAAACCCCCAUCCAGUUCUUCUGGGGUGUCCAAACUCCACAUAGUGAGUCCUUCUUCCUUGCUGCUGAUGCCUCAGAUAACAUCUCAAAUGCUUCCCCAGAGCAGGAAUGCCCAGUAGUUCCCCAUCCACUUCUUCCAUCCUUGCCUGAGAACCCACCUCAACUCCUGCCUCAAACCCAGUCCCUACCCAUCCCGUAUGUCCAGCCCCAGGCCCACCUUCAAUCCCUACUCCUCAUCCUGCCAUCUGGUCCUCUACCCGACAUCAAGAUCUGUGGAGUAUAUUUUCCCAGACUUCAGAAUGAAUCUGAGAGUCUCAUGUCAACUGAAAUGCAACAUCUGGAAUGGAACGUGUUGCACAAGGUGCAAGAACGUGUGUGGGGUUUACCCACUAUAGUCCAAAGAUCCCAAGAGGAUUAUUGUCCUUCAGCUCCUAACCCUUCUCUCAGCCACAAGGCCACCAAGGCCCAAGUUGUAAUCUCUGUCCCUCCUGGACAGUUUCUUCUGAAUAAAGAGCUUCAGAGAAAACUAGAGAGUCACUUUCGAAAGAGGCUCAUCCAACACAGGUGGUGCUUGUCCUGCAGUAUGUAUGAGUCUCUCACACUGAGGUGCAGUCCGAGUACUCUUCCACAGCUACCUGAGUCUCAGUGCCAUCGUGGAUGCUCAGGAAUCUCCAGUAAGAGUCAGAUCAGAUGGAGUAUGUAAAAAAGUGUAUAUGUGGAGGACCCAGAAAUUCUUCUGCUAGAGGACAGUGACCUGGCAAAGUACAGAGAUGAGACCUAUAGAAGGAUCAGGGACACAGAGAAUGGACCAAAAGAUGAUUUGCUGAGUGACCCAGUUGGCUCUUCAGAUAAGAUAUGGGGUAUGAUUCUGAGAAAGAACUUAGGAGUCCA